AUUGUUUUUGCAACGAGUGUGACUUAUUUUAAGAGGCGUACCUCACAGAAAGUUUGGAAAAUUUCGCGAAGAGAUAUGUAAACAAUUUGAGUGAUGAUGGAAAAUAUUACCGAAAGUUGGACCUACUAUAUGUACGUGCUGCUGACACUGGUUCCAGUCUAUUUGGCAUUUCAAUUAAUUAAGUUUUUCGGCUGGGAAUUGUUUGUCAACAACUGACACAAACUACAUACAACAACAACAACAAUAACAAUAACAAAUAUAAGUGAAAAAAUAAAGUGUAUUCUAGCCGUGCCUAACUGCUGGUGGAAGCUGAUAAAGCACAAAUAAGCUCCAGUCUAACAAAAAAUAAAUGAAUGACUCUAAUAACACCUAAAGGAUAAGACGUACAACUUACGGUGAAUAGAUGAGGAUCGAGUAAUAGCUCACCGUCAACAAUAAAAAUAAUAAAUAUAAAUCAUUUACGGCAUUUAGUGUGUCAAAAGAAAAGAGAAAACAAAAAAGCCGAGCCGAGCAAAAAAAAGAGAGCAAAGUCAAUGUCUUGCGCUCAACCAAAGCAGUGAGUGCAAGAAACGCUUGGCAAGCAGCGUGGCAGAAAGAAAGCGAAGUCUAAACGAAAAAAAACAA